UUUUACGAUUUAUAUUAUAUUUGAAUUAGUUUAAGAUAAAGAUGGAGGGUGAAUUAGUGAGAUCUAAUUUGUCAUCGACGUACUCGGAGGGCAGCCCGACGGCGAUGAGUCGGCUACCCGGCGGGUACCGCAACGUCCCGCUGCACGACAAGUGCACUAUCGAAGACAUGCUCAAGAUGAAGGAGGCCUUCAGCCAGGCUUACAACAACCAAAUGGUGCCGCUUGAGUUCAGGGCCGCGCUCAGGAGUCUACUAAAUGUGGAGUACGACGAUGAGGAAUUUAAUAUACUUUUCUUAAAAAUGAACACAAGUCGUACGGGAAAUGUCAACUGGGACGAAUUAGUGUCACACUUGAUCCUCGGCUACUUCGGAAACGAUGCAGAGAACCAGCGGGAAUCCUUGCAGCUGCCCAUCAUGGGGCUGCCCGUCAUCAUGCGCUCGCAGCACAGGCACCCAAUAUCUAGGAUAUGCUUCUGUCCCGACGUCGACAAGGACCGAAUAAAGGAUCCGAUGCAGGGUAUGUACUUAACGGCGAGCCGCGACGGCAUGGUCAACUGGUGGUCACUGGACAUGAAGCUGCUGAGGACUGCCUACUCCUCGAGCCCUCAUCUGAAAGUCCGCUCAACGUGGGUGACGGACAUGGUGUGCAUGCCCGACGUGAACAUUAUCGUCACCAGCUCCACCGAGAGAGACCUGCGCUUCUACGACUGCAUUGCUAAAACUUUUACCUUAAAAAUAAAUAUCACCAGCUGGGAUUACAUGAUCUGCACAAUGUAUUAUCGCUUCAGUACAGACAUUAAUGAAAAAUGCAUGUUAGUCUGCGGUGACGUGGGGGGCAACGUGCGCGUGCUGCUAUUCUCGCCAGUUCUACGGGGACCCUUUAGGAAUGAGGCUGGUCGAGCCUUAAUAUCAUUGCGACACGUGGAUCUGCAAAGACGGCCUAAGAUGCUACCAGAACUACAGUUAGUAGAUCUAGGGCGUGUACACAGCGAGUGGGUGCGGCAGGUGUCGUACUACGAGUCGCUGCACUGCGUGGUCUCCUGCGCCACCUGCAGCGACUCGCUCCUCAUGUGCGAUCUAUCCGGCUCCAAGACACACAACAUGUUUAGGGUCGACAAGGGUAUUCAAUGUUUCGAAUUUGAUGAAGAAGCACACGUGUUGGUGACGGGAGGUCCUGACUGCAUGGUCCGGGUUUGGAAUCCGUUCGUGCCGGCCAAAGCCAACGUGUUGUUCAUAGGACAUCACGCCGCCGUCACCUGCAUAGUACUGCAGAACAAAGGACAGACUAUCUACUCGUUGUCUAGAGACAGAAGUAUCAAAGUAUGGGAUGUACAGGGGCAAACGUGCCUUCAGACGUAUAUCGACAUUCCAGCUGUGUUAGGUGAGCUUUCGCCGAUAUCUGCUGUGUACAAUCCUGCCACCAGGGAGUUUGUCCUGGCUUGCAUAAAGAUAGCUGUCGUAGUGCUGGACGAACAGCUAAACCCGCUGCACACUGACGGUAAUACCCACUCCCGAGCUGUCUCCAAGAUCCUGUACAAUCCACUGUUCAAACUGAUUAUUACGUGUGGCAUGGACAGCAUCAUUAUUAACUGGAAUCCGAUUACAGGUAAACGCAACGUGCUGAUCCGCGACGCGCACGUGCGCGACAUGCACGGCGAACAGGUUCCGGUGGAGAUUACUGCUGCCUGCUUCGACCCUGGCUACCAGUUGCUGCUGACAGGUGCCAGAACCGGUGAACUUAAGGUGUGGAAUUUCAACACUGGAAUAUGCAUGAGAGUGAUGACCAUCAAGCACAUGUGCGAAGUAACCGACUGCUUCUGGGUGGAGGGCAGAAUUCUAGCAGUAGGUUGGAACCGGCACGUGGUAGAAUUCGAGGAUAGUGGUAUGGCAAUGAAUGGUAAAAGCUGGGAGAUACGGCACACGGACGAUGUGCUGGCCUCAGCGGUGCGGCCCCCGCUGUCACUGGCCACCUCCAGCUACAACUCCGAGCUCGUGCUAUGGAAGCUGGAGACUGGCCAGCCCUACAGGCGCUUCUCGUGCACGGAGCCGACCCUGCGCAUCAAGAUGCACUUCAGCAAGCGCGAGUCGAUCAAGCAGCCUACUGCAGAGAAACUUUAUGCAAAGGCGAAAAAACUUAUAACCCUACGGAGGGUCGGGACUUCUCGAGACAACGUGGACUCGACAGCAGCCAUCAAGAAAGCGACGGACCGGCGCGUGUCCAUCGGGUCCACGCCAGGCCGUGAGCAGAACAUGCGUCUCCUCGCCGUGCACGCCAUGGUCUUUCUGCAGACUCGACCGCAGCAUGCACACGUCGCUUCUCUAGUACUCGCUGUGGAGAAUGGUCAAUUGCAAUGCUGGUCGGAUCACUCGGCGGGCGGCUACCAGAGCUCGUUCCAGGCCGUCCACUCGUCGGGUGACUACGUGUCCUGUUUGGCCACAGAUGUCGCUAAUGAGUUCCUAUUCACCGGUACCACACAGGGAUACAUUAAAGUGUGGCUGAUGACUAAUUAUCUCACAAACACAACGGAACACAUCAACAUGCCGCGGCUCCGUCUGAUGUUCCCGUUCCUGUGGCGUGACCGCAUCGAGGGUCGCGCCAAGCGCAGUGUGCGGGACCAGCCCAAGCCGCUGCUACUGAACAGCUAUCGCGCACACCUCCGCUGUGUUACCUCCAUUGCUUACAUGGACGAAUAUAAACUUUUCUUCAGCGGCAGUUCAGACUACAGUGUUCGAGUGUGGCGUCUGUCAGGCGAGUACCUGCAGACACUGGGGAGCUUCCUGCCGUGGACCCUGGAGGUGACGCGCUUCCCGCCCGACGUGAAGAAGGUCGCCAGCUUCACCACGUUCAAGGUGUGGCGCAGUGGCCAAGUGUCGCGCUACGUGCCGGGGCAGAAGGUGGUGGACAAGCUGCACGAUAUCACAGUGCACGAGCUCAAGACCAAGUCCUACGGCGAGGCACCCAACGAGCCGUUGCUUGGAAAUUAUUUCUCGCUUCCACGAAGACCAGACCCGAUAGAUAUCAUCAAACUCGACACCUCGUUAGCUACGAUCCCGUUGUACGCACACCUUCGCAUGGCUUCGACACAACCAGUGCGGCGGCCACCUACUCCCGAGCUGGUGCGUGAGACGCGGCUGCGACACGCCAAGACAAAGAAGACCCAUUUUGGUUCUAGUCUGACUAGUCAAGGCCCACCGCAGCCUAUUUCUUCUAAAUCCGAAGAAAAACGUUCUUCGAUGAAGGACACACAAUAAGGCACACCGUCGCUAUACUAAAUGAGAAAGUGUAAGCACAAAUAUAGUUCACACAUUUUGGACAAUACGAUGCUUGUGUUAUCUUGAUGUUCUAUAAGAUUUAUUUCAACUGUCAGUCAAUUAUGAUACGUGGACAAGAAGA